ACGGAAGCACAACAGAACACCUUGCCCAAACGGAGUUGGGAUGAACAGGUAGCAAGCAAACGAGAUAGCCAGGAAAACCUAAACAUCAACAAAGACAAUACCAAUCCACAAGAACAGGGAAGACACCUUGAAAAAGAAAAUAGAACCAUUAGAAUCGAUGACACAGACAUGGAAACAAACAGCAAGAGUGAAAUAGAACAAGACCAACCAUGGUUUACCAUGCUGAAAGGGAAAG